CAGAAGCCGAUGAGAUAUGGACAUACAGAAGGACACACGGAUGUCUGUUUUGAUGAUUCUGGGAGAACAUAAAUUUGUACUAUUAAAAAGAGGAGGUGUUCCAUCAAAAGAUUCUUCCCACAAGUCAACAUAUUCCAAAGUGCAAUUACAGAAUUUCAAAAUUGUAUGGUGACUUGUGGAAGUGAUGGUGAUGUGAGGAUUUGGGAAGACUUGGAUGAUGAUGAUCCUAAGUCCAUUAAUGUUGGAGAAAAGGCAUAUUCAUGUGCUUUGAAGUGUGGAAAAUUGGUCACUGCAGUAUCUAACAAUACUAUUCAAGUCCAUACAUUUCCUGAAGGAGUUCCAGAUGGUAUAUUGACUCGCUUCACCACAAAUGCAAACCAUGUGGUCUUUAAUAGAGAUGGUACAAAAAUCGCUGCUGGAUCUGGUGACUUUCUAGUUAAAGUUGUAGAUGUUAUGGAUUGCAGCCAACAGAAAACAUUUCGAGGACAUGAAGCCCCUGUUUUGAGUCUUUCCUUUGAUCCAAAGGACAUCUUUCUGGCAUCAGCUAGUUGUGACGGAUCUGUGAGAGUGUGGCAGAUUUCAGAUCAGACGUGUGCUAUUAGUUGGUCACUGCUACAAAAGGUCAAUGAUGUGAUAAAUGCAAAAUCAAUCUGCAGACUUGCUUGGCAGCCAAAAAGUGGGAAGUUACUCGCAGUUCCUGUGGAAAAAUCUGUUAAGCUCUAUAGAAGAGAAACUUGGAGUAAUCAAUUUGAUCUUUCAGAUAAUUUUAUCUCUCAGACCCUCAAUAUAGUAACCUGGUCUCCUUGUGGACAGUAUUUAGCUGCCGGGAGUAUUAAUGGUUUAAUUAUAGUUUGGAAUGUGGAAACCAAAGAAUGCAUGGAAAGGGUGAAACAUGAGAAAGGUUAUGCAAUCUGUGGCCUGGCCUGGCAUCCUACUUGUGCCCGAAUAGCUUAUACUGAUACAGAAGGAAAUCUAGGGCUCCUGGAGAAUGUUUGUAACCCUACUGGAAAGAUAUCAAGCAGUAAGGUAACUAGCAGAGUGGAAAAGGAUUACAAUGAUCUUUUUGAUGGAGAUGAUACGAGUAAUGUUGGUGAUUUUCUAAAUGACAAUGCAGUCGAGACCCCCUCUUUUUCAAAAAGGAUUAUAAAUGAUGAUGAGGAUGAUGACAUCAUGCUGGCUUCAGGUCGUCCUAGACAUCGAAGUCACUUCCUAGAAGAUGAUGAAAACUCAGUUGAUAUUACAAUGCUAAAAACUGGUUCUAGUCUUCUAAAAGAGAAGGAGGAAGAUGAUCAAGCAGACAGCAUUUACAAUCUACCAGUUGUAACAUCCCAAAGGCCAUUUUAUGAUGGACCUAUGCCAACUCCCCGGCAAAAGCCAUUUCAGUCAGGUUCUACACCCUUGCAUCUCACUCACAGAUUCAUGGUGUGGAACUCUGUUGGAAUCAUUCGCUGCUAUAAUGAUGAGCAAGACAAUGCCAUAGAUGUGGAGUUCCAUGAUACCUCCAUACACCAUGCAACACACUUAUCAAACACUUUGAAUUAUACAAUAGCAGAUCUUUCCCAUGAAGCUAUUUUGUUGGCAUGUGAAAGCACUGAUGAACUAGCAAGCAAGCUUCACUGCCUGCACUUUAGUUCUUGGGAUUCAAGUAAAGAGUGGAUAGUAGACAUGCCUCAGAAUGAGGAUAUUGAAGCCAUAUGCCUUGGUCACGGAUGGGCUGCUGCUGCCACUAGUGCCUUGCUCCUUCGAUUGUUUUCUAUUGGAGGUGUUCAGAAAGAGAUCUUCAGUCUUCCUGGGCCUGUGGUGUCAAUGGCAGGACAUGGAGAACAGCUUUUCAUUGUUUAUCAUAGAGGAACAGGAUUUGAUGGGGAUCAGUGCCUUGGAGUUUAUCUGCUACAGAUGGGGAAAGAGAAAAAACAAAUUUUGCAUGGUGAUCCUCUUCCUCUUACAAAGAAGUCGUAUCUUGUAUGGGUUGGAUUUUCAGCUGAAGGUACCCCCUGUUUUGUGGACUCAGAAGGCAUUGUUCGAAUGCUUAACAGAGGGCUUGGUAAUACGUGGACUCCUGUAUGUAAUACAAGAGAACACUGCAAAGGAAAAUCUGAUCACUACUGGGUAGUUGGUAUCCAUGAAAAUCCCCAGCAACUGAGGUGCAUUCCUUGUAAAGGCUCUCGGUUUCCUCCCACUCUUCCACGCCCUGCUGUAGCUAUAUUAUCCUUUAAGCUUCCCUUCUGUCAGAUUGCAACAGAGAAAGGACAAAUGGAGGAACAGUUUUGGCGUUCAGUAAUGUUUCACAAUCAUCUUGAUUAUUUAGCUAAAAAUGGUUAUGAAUAUGAAGAGAGCACUAAAAAUCAAGCAAUAAAAGAACAACAGGAACUGUUACUGAAAAUGCUUGCACUUUCCUGUAAACUGGAGCGGGAAUUUCGUUGUGUGGAACUUGCUGAUCUGAUGACUCAAAAUGCUGUGAAUUUAGCCAUUAAAUAUGCUUCUCGUUCUCGGAGAUUAAUAUUGGCCCAAAGACUUAGUGAACUGGCUGUAGAGAAGGCAGCAGAACUGGCAGCAACUCAGGUGGAAGAGGAGGAAGAGGAAGAAGAUUUCAGAAAAAAGCUGAAUGCUGGUUAUAGUACUACUCCUACAGAGUGGAGCCAACCAAAGCUCAGGAAUCAAGUUGAAGAAGAAGCAGAAGACACUGGAGAGCCUGAUGAUACAGAAGAAAAAUCAGAAAUACCUAUACAUGGACAGAACCCAUUUUCUAAGAGUGCAACUACCUCUGAUGUGCCAGCUGUUAAGUCAGAUGCAGUUACCUCUAGCAACCAAGGACGAGUAAACCCCUUCAAGGUAUCAGCCAGUUCCAAAGAGCCAGCCAUUUCAGUGAAUUCAGGACGUUCUACUAAUAUUUUAGACAACAUGAAUAAAUCAUAUAAGAAAUCUACUACACUUAAUCGAGCUACAAAUGAUGAAAAGUCUCCAGUAAUAAAGCCUCUCGUUCCAAAGCCAAGGUCUAAGCAGGCAUCUGCGGUAUCCUAUUUCCAGAAAAGAACUUCCCAAGCUGAUAAGACUGAGGAAGUGAAAGAAGAAAAUCCUAAAAAUUCAUCAUCUGAAACCCCAGCUAUGUGUCCUCAAAACACUGAAAAUCAAAGGCCAAAGACUGGGUUCCAGAUGUGGCUGGAAGAAAACAGGAGUAACAUUUUGUCUGACAAUCCCGACUUUACAGAUGAAGCAGACAUAAUAAAAGAAGGAAUGCUUCGAUUUAGAAUUUUAUCAACUAAAGAAAGGAAGGCAUGGACUACCAAAGCCAAAGGUGGAACUCCAAGUGAUGGAGCUGAAGCAAAGAAGCGAAAACAUGUGGCCGACGAGAGUCAAGAAACUGAACACCAGGAGGAAAAAGCAAAGGAAAAUCUGAAUUUGCCUAAAAGACAAAAACCUUUAGAUCUUUCUACGAAUCAGAAACUGUCAGCUUUUGCAUUUAAGCAGGAAUAGAGUAAGGGUGUGGCCUUAGGAAAGUAAUGGAUUCUUUGCUCAUCUUUGAUGAAUCUGGACUUUAAAAAAAAAUCUUUAGGAAAUGCUAUAUAUAUUUAAAAGCAUUUAAAGACAAUUGUCUUUCUAAGAGAACUUAAUAAUUAUACUGGAGUAGGUAGCAGGGAAUGUGUUAAAAACUAUCAUUUCUACAGAUUGCUCUGCCCCCCAAAUGGAGCACGAUUCAGAAGCUUUGUGAUUAUGGUCACUGACUUGAGGCCACUAGCAUGUCCCAGUUUGAUUUUGUUUCUUACUUUCAAAAUCACCAAAGCCAAGGUCUUAAAAGCUCUGGGCAUUGAAAUACCUUGUAGGGAUUUCCUUUUUUGGUUUAUGUUAUAUGCUGGGUAGUAGCUUUCUUCCCAAGUGUUACCAUAGACUGCUGUCUGUCUAUAUUGGACCUAGGGGCCAUGCUUUCUAAUACAGGCCCUGAAAGUGUAAAUACUUUUGUAGAUGAGACUUUCUUUUUUUUUGUUUUGGAAAUUUCUUCUUAUAUGGCUUUUAAUUGUCUGCAUAACGUAGUAUUUAAAAAAUAAAUAAAACUUUCACAUUUCCAUAUUUAGCUUGAUGUGGCCAUACAUUUUAUUUUUAUGGGCUGGAAAUGUUUUUUAAAAAUAUAUUUUAUAUUUAUUACCAUAAUUUCCUCCACCACCCCCAUCCUGCUAUACAUUAUACACACAGAAGAGAAGAAUUGAAGGUGUUUUGAUAGUAUGCAGCCAGCAUAAUGUGCUCCUGGUAAGGUAAUCCGGUUAUGAGCAUCAACUGUACUUUUCUGAGCAAGUCUUUGAAGCCUUGAUAAGAAUUAGGGAAAAUGUUUAAUUUUUUUAUUUUGAGAAACAAGUUUUAAUUAUUUCAUACUUUUUGGUUAUUAUUCUAAGCAGAGCUUAAUAUAAAUACAGCCGCUUAAUGAGAGCAAGAUAUAGGGAUGGGGAUGGGUGGAUAGGAGUAAAAUAAAAUCAAGUAGUUCAAAAUUGAAGAUAGUUUUAUAGGUUGGAAGGAACAAAAUAUGUUGAAAAUUUAGAUAUAUAGGAGCCAAAGGAUACUCCUUAUCUCACUAUGAUUGCAGUUAGGAAGGAAUACAUUUUUUAUUUUUAAAUUAGUAUUGAGAGACAUUGUAGCACAGUGGCUUGGAGUACAGUUUUCAAUGCCAGACUACCCAGGCUUGAAAACCCACUGCAAUACCUGUCAGCUGAAUAACCUUGGGUAAGUUCUGCCUUUGUCCACUCAUCUAUAAAAUGGGUAUAAUGAUAGUAUCUACUUCAUAGGAUUGUUGUGAGAAUUAAAUGAGACAAACACACUUAGUUCCUGACAUACCACUGUAUGAUGUUUAAUAGAAAUGUCAGCUGUUGUUAUAUGUUGGCUAUUUCAUCUUGCUUUGUCAUUUGGUUUGUGAGU